AUGUUUUUAGUGUCGGUUGUGUCGGUGUAUUUGGCGUUCGCAUCGUUGUUUUUGCAUCCAGCAGAGGCAGCCUUACGGGUUUUAGCCAUUAAUACGAUGGCGGGCAAAAGUCAUUGGAACUUCAUGAAUGGAUUUUUGCAUUCGCUGACCGACGCCGGUCAUAACGUUACGGUUUUCACUUGGUUUCCAGAGGGGGGAAGAGAAAACUAUACAGAAAUCGUUUUUAAGGGACCAACGCGUUUGAACUUGGAUUUAGUUAAAUUUAUAGAUCAGCUAAAACCUCCCAAUAAUCUACUCAGACACGUCGUACACCGCAACAGAGAAGCAUGCGAUAAUAUAUUUUCAAAUUCUAAAAUAGAAGCAAUCAUGACUGCGGGCAAUACCGAAAAGUUCGAUGUCAUCGUCACUGAGACAUUAGUUUCAGAUUGUAUGUCACAUUUUGUUCAUCGUCUCCGCCUACCGCUAAUUUACCUUUUUCCUUCGCCAAUACCGACUUACAUGGAGGCGUCGUUUCUGAGUGAAGAUUCCAACCCUGCGUAUGUGUCAAAUUUUAUGUUGUCAUUCGGCUACCCAAAGACAUUCCAACAACGUUUGCUCAACUUUCUCACCUACAAAUAUAGCAAAAUUAUGUUGCGGUAUUUUGAAAUGAAAGCCGUUAAGUCCAACCCCAGACCUUACGACUAUAUAGAACCGGUCGUACCGGCUUUGGUGUUUGCGAACAGUCAUUUCAUCGUCGAACCGGCAAGACCCAUGCCACCCAAUUUCAUAGAAAUCGGCGGCAUUCACCUUCCCGAACCAAAAGCAAUACCAAAAGAUAUACGAGAGUUCAUUGAAAAUUCGCCAAAUGGAAUUAUUUACUUCACGUUUGGAUCAUCAAUAAAAAUGUCAUCAUUUCCAGACCACAUAAAAAACGCAUUUAAACUAGCUCUUGCGCGCCUCCUUCAGAGGAUAUUGUGGAAAUAUGAAAAUGAAAUGGAAGGCAAACCGGAAAACGUGAUGACGAAAAAGUGGUUCCCACAACGUGAUAUUCUUUUACACCCAAAUAUCAAGCUAUUUAUCGGGCACGGCGGAAUAUCCGGCGUGUUUGAAGCUGUCGAUGCCGGACUUCCGAUGUUAGGAUUUCCACUUUUCUACGACCAACCGAGAAACAUUGCUAAUCUCGUGGACGCCGGAAUGGCCAUUUCACUCGACGUGAUGACUGUCACCGAAACUCAGAUUUACGAAUCGGUUGAUAAAUUAAUCAACGAUAAAAAGUACUCGUCUAACGCUAAACUAGCUUCCAAGCGUUUCAAGGACCGCCCAAUGUCACCUGGUAAAACAGCCGCUUACUGGACGGAAUACAUUGUACGACAUAAUGGUGCGCAACAUCUAAAGACAAAAGCAUUCGAUCUCAUGUGGUACGAAUAUUACCUUAUAGAUAUACUAUGUCUGAUACUUGUCACGAUUUCAGUCAUUGGCUUUAUUAUUUAUAAAUGUUUACAUGAUGUACGAAAACAAUUUUUAUUUAAGUUAAAGUUCAAAACAGAGUAA